AUGGCGAUGGCGAUGGUGGUCUGGAAACAAGCAUGGCAAACGGCAGAAGCAACAAGCGGCAGAAUUUUCAUUGCCCACUGUGUGUGGCGAUGGUCGACCGGUUCGAGGGAGCUUUUAAGUCAUCGUUUCGCACUGAUUUCAGUCAGUCGUCGACGUGCAGCCAAACCGUUUGGACUUGGCUCUUCUCUCCUCUCAAGGGCUCAAGAGCACCAGACCCAGAGGCCCUCCUCAAGGGAGCUUGGAGUGUGCAAUUCAACAGUUGGACUAUUGUUUCAGUUCAGUGGAUUGUAGCAAAAUGUUUGAAGAAUUUUAUAAUAUAGUGAUUUUUUAGUCCAAUUUGACGAAAUUGUGAAAUCGCGGCUGGAAGUGCAGUGGUGAUCAACGUUGAUCAUAAAUUCCAACAUGAAUGAAUUAACUGAAGUGAACCAGUUCAAAAUUGAUAAUUUGGUGAAUUAAGAGUGACUUGUUUGCGGUUUUUUUUGGCAUUUUAUUUGCUCUUCUAUCUACGAUCUUCCCGGGGAACCACCAAUUAGGUACAAUCGUUUGCAAAUUUGUUUGAAGUGCCGUUUGUGUGAUUGAUUUGUGACGACAAUCUUCGACAGGCGCCAAAUUUCCCCAUCAACUGAUACCAACGUCCAUCCAGACGGACCAGGAGACGAGUUUAAUUGAAAAAGAGCCCAUUUCAUCACAACCAGACUGCCGACGACUGCAUGCCGACUCCUGAGCCGAUAGUCCCGAUAGCUGAAGCGGAAGAUGACGAACGAUACGACGACAGCGACCAACGCCGCCUUCGAUCAUGGCAACUGUAAGAAGCGCGAGUCGUGGCACACGAACGGAGAUGCACCAGAUCCUGCGGGUGGUGGCGGAGGAGGAGGAGGCGGCGGUGGCGGUGGCGGCGGCAACAACGAGAAAGACGACGGAACCGAUCCCGACGGUGGGGGAGAUGGUGGAGAGCAGACAAAAGAAACGACCUCGUUGAAUCCGAAAAGAGCGGCGCACGGCGGCUCCUGCGGAAACAAGGAACGGGCCCUGGUGGUGACACUGACCGGGGAGCGCCGCCGGGAGACAUGGAGCCAGAAGGCCGAGUUUCUGUUGGCGGUCAUUGGGUUUGCGGUGGAUUUGGGCAAUGUGUGGCGCUUCCCGUACAUUUGCUACCAGAACGGGGGAGGUGCAUUUCUCAUCCCGUACUGCAUCAUGUUGCUUUUUGGCGGGCUGCCGCUUUUCUACAUGGAAUUGGCCCUGGGGCAGUUUCAUCGAUGCGGCUGUUUGACGAUUUGGAAACGGAUCUGCCCGGCACUGAAAGGUGUGGGCUACGCAAUCUGCCUAAUCGACAUAUACAUGGGAAUGUACUACAACACGAUUAUCGGCUGGGCGGUGUAUUAUCUUUUCGCCUCAUUUAGCACCGAGCUGCCGUGGACGAAAUGCGGCAACCCGUGGAACACCGAUGCCUGCAUGCCGGUUACGUCGCUGGCGAAUGCGACGAGUUCGUUGGCAACACUGGUCGGGACCAACGCUAGCCUACUGGUCAACGGAACCCUUGGGCUACUGGGAAACGUGAGCAGCACCGUGAUAAGCGCUGCCAACAUGGUAGGCGGCGAGGACAUCGUGCGGACCAGUCCGGCCCGGGAGUUCUUCGAGCGCCAGGUCCUGGAGCAGUACAAAUCGGACGGGCUGGAUUUUAUGGGUCCGGUCAAGCCAUCGCUGGCGCUGUGUGUCUUCGGCGUGUUUGUGCUGGUGUACUUCUCGCUGUGGAAGGGAGUUAGGAGUGCCGGGAAGGUGGUCUGGGUGACGGCAUUGGCACCGUAUGUAGUUCUGCUGAUUCUGUUGGCACGAGGUGUGACGCUACCGGGGGCAGCCGAAGGCAUUCGGUACUACUUAACCCCAGAAUGGCACAAGCUUGGCAAUUCCAGGGUCUGGAUCGAUGCCGCGUCGCAAAUAUUCUUCUCCCUGGGGCCGGGCUUCGGCACCCUGCUGGCGCUCUCUAGUUACAACAAAUUCAACAACAAUUGCUACCGUGACGCUCUGCUCACCAGCAGUAUCAACUGCCUGACCAGCUUCCUGGCAGGGUUCGUGAUCUUCUCGGUUCUGGGCUACAUGGCCAACGUGCAGAACAAAUCGAUCGAAGACGUCGGGCUGGAGGGACCGGGAUUGGUGUUCAUCGUGUACCCGGAGGCGAUCGCCAUGAUGAAGGGGUCGGUCUUCUGGUCGAUCAUAUUCUUCCUCAUGCUGAUAACGUUGGGGCUGGACAGUACCUUUGGCGGGCUGGAGGCGAUGAUAACGGCACUGUGCGACGAGUAUCCGAGGACGAUCGGUCGGCGGAGGGAGCUGUUUGUGCUGAUACUGCUGGGGCUGAUCUUCAUCUGUGCACUGCCGACGAUGACGUAUGGUGGCGUCUACCUGGUCAACUUUCUCAACGUGUACGGGCCGGGGCUGGCGAUCCUGUUCGUGGUGUUCGUCGAAGCGGCCGGCGUCUUCUGGUUCUACGGGGUGGAAAACUUCUCGGCCGACAUCGAACAGAUGCUGGGCAAGAAGCCGUCGCUGUUCUGGCGCAUCUGCUGGAAGUACAUCAGUCCGACGUUUCUGUUUUGCAUUUUGAUAUUCUCGCUUCUGGGUUACGAGGCCAUGCUGGAGGGAGAGUACAAAUACCCGGAGUGGAGCGUUGCGGCCGGUUGGAUGUUGACUUUGUCCUCGGUGCUAUGCAUACCGCUGUAUGUCAUCUACAAGUUCAUGAAGAGCGAUGGCGGUUAUCGAAGUCGCCUGAGGCAAACGUUCAAACCGGAACCGUUGAUCCCGACGGCUGUGCCCGGACAGAUCUACUCCGGCACUGCCGUCUGACAUGAUUGCGCGAGCGAUCGUAACCUGCGCGAACGACGAAGCGAGCCUCCACCACCGUCGACGUCGUCAUCGUCCGCGAUGAAUCACUGUUGCUGCAGCGGUGGUCACCACUGCUGCUACCAUUGCUUUAAUCGUAUCGAUUCACCAACGAACUGUAGCUGUUCCCCUGAUUGCAACAACUACUACUACUACUACAACUACUACUCCAACUACAGUAAAGCUAAUGAACCUAAUGAUGAUAGUAAUGUACGUCGUUCCGAUAGUGGUACUGCUAAUGAUAACCUCGAUGAUAAGCUUAGAGUUGGUCGUCAGAUGUUGUUGAAUGUCGAUGGAGAUGUACGCUGCUGCAAGAAGCCUAGUGAUAUUGAUAGUACUUACUACUCUAGCUACAACUACUACUACUGCACCAGCAACAACGGUGGUAACGGUAACCUAAGCGGACUGUAUUCCGAGUUCAGGACGAAGAAACUGUCGUUCCCACUGGCCACAGAGUGGCUCGUUUGAUUCCAUUUGCCAAAGAGAUAAAUUCCUAUACGUACGUCUUUACGCUGUUGAUAAGUUUACUCAAGGACUUCCUAUUUUCCUAGAAUCGAAAGCCAAUUAUGGAGUUGUUUUGUCUUGAACAUAGUUUAACUUGGUUGGGCCAAACCGUCACAAACAGCCAUAUGUGGCAGUUUGGCCAGGACUCACUUCCUCAGUAAUUCAAUACCUCGCUCGAGUUAAGUUCAUAUAGCUAUAUUAGAGUUUAACAAGCAUUUGUUACGUUAGCAAUGCGUAAAAGUGGAGAGAAUCUGUUACCAAAAGCAACGAGUUGAUAUUAAUCACUAUAAGUAUUAUCUAGGAGUUAUGUUGAUCGUUUCGGAACUAGGGAUGAUGUAUAGUUGGUUUGUUAGGAAACAUAAGAAAGCCGUUACUAAAUCCAAUUGAAUGUAAAAACCAGUAAGCUUUUAUAUAGCUUUAAGCUAGAGAGAACUAUAAGAAAUACACAGUAUAACAAUUUAGCUAAAAA